AUGACCAUUGCUGCCGAACAGCCAGAAACACCCUCUGAGACAACUUCUCUCUUAGCUGAGCACAAUGAACUUCCUGUGCAGCCAAAAAGUGUUACGCGUAGAGCCCAGCAGGUCUUAUUUCUUGCGUGCCUCAUAGCGGUCACUGUCGAUAUCGGCAACUACAUUUCCGUUGCUCCCCAACUUCAGAUAUUCGAGUUGAACAUCUGCCAGCGCUUGCAUCCGGAGGUCUUUGAUAGCAGCCCUGGCGGGGUUCUCCCUUCAGUGGUUCCUUCGGCUUGCAAGACUGCUGAUGUGCAGGGUGAGCUGGCGUUGCUCAAAGGUUGGAUGAGCACCUUUGACCAGCUUCCGGGCAUUAUUCUGGCGCUUCCAUAUGGACUCAUGGCAGAUCGUGUUGGUCGUAAACCAGUCUUAUUUCUAAGCCUGGCUGGGUGUGUCUUGCAAGAGAUGGCGAUCAGAGUCAUCGCCUGGUAUUAUGCGACCAUCCCCCCACGAGCUAUUUGGUUUACACCAAUCUUUCAGAUUCUUGGUGGCGGUUCUCAGAUAGCUACCUCAGUGGCUUUCACCAUCAUCGCGGAUGUUUUCCCGGUAGAGAAACGUUCAAGUACUUAUUUCAUCUUGUCGGCAGCUAUACUGCUGUCAGAGAUUCUUGCUGUUCCCUUAAGCGCCUGGCUGAUGUCAUCAAACGCCUGGAUCCCUUGGAUGCUCGGACUAGCCUGCGAAUUUGGUAGCCUGUUUACGAUCCUCUUGUUGCCGGAGACUAAACCGGAGCCCUCAGUCAACCCCGUCAACGAUGUUCAGCCGGAGAUGGCAGGCCACUUGAAGCUAUCAUCAGCAUUUACAUGGGCCAGUGUGGUACACUUUGCUCGCUCACAGUUCGCUCAACUGCAUGAGUUCAUCGGCGAGUAUCCGAGUGCCCUAGUCAUCUCCCUCGCCUUCCUCUUUUCGAGCUAUGGAAUUGAAGCAGUUCCUUUCAUGCUCCAAUAUGUCUCCAAGCGCUUUUCAUGGAGCUUAGCAGAGGCGAGCCUUCUCAUAUGCGUCAAGGGGAUCAUUAAUUGCUUCGCUUUGAUGCUCGUACUUCCGAUGGCUACGAAGAUCCUCGACCGAUAUUUGUCCCCCGUGCAAAGAGACCUUAGAGUGGCCAUAGGCUGUGCAUGUCUGUUAAUGGCUGCUUUUGGCUUCAUGUCCGUGGCAUCUCAUCCAGCAGUGUUCGUUGUAGGAGUUGCUCUGGUUGCUCUUGGAGGGGGGUUCAGCGCCGCUCUGCGCAGCGUCGGGAGUGCUUUGGUUGGGUCAUCGCAUGUUGGACUCCUGAACACGACCAUAACUCUGACACAGGGAGUUGGACUCAUGAUAUCUGGGCCACUCCUAGCUGGAUUAUUUCGAGCAGGGAUGGCCUGGGAAGGAGCGUGGAUGGGGCUUCCAUGGAUGGCAGGAUUUAUCUUGUAUGCAGCAACCAUCCUGACAGUGUAUUGCCUCCAAGUCCAGAGCUAGAUCUAGCCAUCAUCCUCUGGCCGUUGGUGACAGUUAGUGUCAGGUCAGCUGCAUGGCAGGAGAAACAAGUGAUCAAGGUUGAUCAUAGAAGAGCAUGACCGCGAGCUUGAAUGUCCCCAGGAAGGGAGAACAAGCGGAGAUACCCAGGGCAACGAUGGUCAGUCCUGAAUGGACUUACUGG